AUGGCAACGGCGCAGAUCAUUCCGGUACGAGUCGGGGUUGUGCUAGACAUGGAUAAUUAUGGAAAGAUAACAUUAGACUACAUAUCGAUGGCUCUCUCGGACUUCUAUGCUACGCACGAUCAUUAUAAGACAAGGCUGCUUCUCUUCGAUCGGGACUCUAAAGGCGAUGUUGUUGCAGCAGCUGCAGCAGAUGCAGGUCUGCACUUAUUGAAGAAUGUCGAAGUGCAAGCCAUCAUAGGUCCUAUGUUAUCGGUACAGGCUAGCUUCCUUAUUUCUCUCGGACACAAAGCUCAAGUUCCUAUUAUUACCUUCUCAGCCACAAGUCCUUCUCUUUCAUCGCUUAGGAGUCCGUAUUUUAUUCGGGCUACUCUAAAAGACUCUUCACAAGUAGGUGCCAUAGUUGCGAUUAUUCAAGCCUUUGGAUGGAGAGAAGUUGUGCCCAUUUACGAGGAUAACGAGUUCGGGGAAGGGAUCCUACCGUUUUUGACCGAUGCACUUGAAAAGGUUAGCGUGCGUGUACCUUACAGGAGCGUCGUUCCGCCAUUAGCAACGGACGACCAAAUUGUCGCGGAGCUUUACAAGCUGAUGACUAUGCAGACUAGAGUUUUCGUAGUCCACAUGCUGAGCCCUCUCGCUUCUCGCCUGUUCACCAAAGCGAAACAAUUAGGAAUGAUGAGUAAAGAGUACGCAUGGAUGAUAACCGAUAGCGUCACGAACGAUUUAAAUUCAAUGGAUCCUUCUGUAGUCGAGUCCAUGCGAGGAGUAAUUGGAGUAAGGCCUUAUGUUCCGAACACCAAGGAGCUCGACGACUUUAAAAUCCGAUACGAGAAAAGGGUUCGGCAGAUCGGUCCAAAAGCUCAAACUUCUGAUUUGGACAUCUAUCGGAUGCGGGCUUACGACGCGGCCACUGCAGUAGCCAUGGCGGUAGAGAAAACAAGACUAGAAAAUCAUAAAUAUCGAGAGGCGAACGUGUCUAGAAAUUCGACAGAUCUUGAAGCCUUUGGCGUAUCGGUGAGCGGACCACAGCUCGUUCAGUCUUUAUCAAGUAUUACAUUUAAAGGCCUUGCUGGAAGUUUUCGAUUAGUCGAAGGCGAACUCCAACCACCUCCGUAUCAGAUAGUCAAUAUAGUUGGUCCUGCAGCUAGCAACAUAGGAUAUUGGACGGAAGAGAAUGGAAUUGUCGAAGAACCGAACUUCACAAGUACAAACGUAAAAAAAUAUUCAACUUCAAAGUCGAACCUGGGACCCGUUACAUGGCCGGGCGACAAAUCAUCUCCACCUAAAGGUUGGGUGAUUCCCACAAACGGGAAGAAACUGAGAGUAGGAGUACCUACGAGGGGUGGUUUCACCGAGUUUGUUCGUGUUACAUGGGAUUCCGACAAUUCCAUAGAAGUGGAAGGAUACUGCGUCGACGUUUUUGAUGCGGUGAUGUCAGCACUACCGUAUGGUGUCCCGUACGAAUACGUUCCGUUUGCGACACCUCAACACGAGACGGCUGGAGAUUACAACGAUUUGGUCUAUCAAGUGUACCUUGGAGUAAGUAUCUUCCCCUUUCAUAUGAAUUUACAAAAAAGAAAAAAACCCAAGCACGUUUUUUUUUUCGACAUAAUAGCAAGAUUAACUUUCUUGAUAAUCAAUGAACAACAGAACUAUGAUGCUGUGGCUGGAGACGUAACGAUUCUAGGAAAUAGGUCAAAGUACGUUGACUUCACUCUGCCUUAUAAAGAGUCUGGUGUUUCGAUGGUCGUACCAAUCCGAGACGAUAAGGGCAAAAACGUGCUGGCGUUUUUAAAGCCACUGACUUGGCAACUUUGGUUGACGAGUUUUUGCUCAUUCAUUUUCAUAGGUUUUCUUAUCUGGAUUCUUGAACAUCGAAUCAACGAAGAUUUCAGGGGUCCUCGUUUGCACCAACUAGGCAUGAUAUUCUGGUUUGCCUUCUCCACCAUGGUAUUUGCUCACAGUAAGACUCCUUUCAUCUUCUAAACUAUACUCGUUUUUCCUGAAUGU